UUGUCGGCCGUUUUGUUUUGAUUCCACUUGUGUUGUCGGCCUUUCCCUUUUGAUUCCCAUCUUUAUUGAGAUUUUCUUUCUGUGCUGUCUUUCUUUUCAGUGCUGCCAAGUAUCCUUUGUUCGUUAGUUCAUUCACUCUCUCGGUGGCGUCGGUUUGUAAAUUGUUAAUUAAUUCAUUAAUUCAUUAAUUAUUUAAUUAUUUACGUAUAAAAAUGUAUAUAUAAAUAUCUAGAAACAAAUAGAACAAAUGUGCAUAUGAGUGAUUUGAGAUUGUGCGUGAUUUAAAAAACAGUAAAACCUGACCGCCAACAUAACCUCCAAUGCGUGGCUGUAUUUAUUUGUACCCUGAUUCCAGGAAAGUAUUUUUUGUUGGGGACGGAUUCCCGUCCCUCCCAAACGCCGGCUCAACCAACUCACCUCCGCACAAAAGGGAGGAAAUUGGAGGAAUUGGACACCUUGGUUGAAUAGGAUCAUCAGGAUAUUCAUAUGUUAACACAUACGAAGCAGGUGGACAUACGGGACAACAAACCCGCAAUCCGUUGGAAACCAGGCCAUUUCUUAGGCUUUUCAAUCAUGGAUAUCCAUUCCAUUUGUCGAAUUUGUCUGGAGAGUCUAGAGGAUGAUAAUGCCUACAACCUGUUCCUAGUUGCUGGUCUAAAGAAGAAAUUAUGUAUGUGUACAUCACUGUUGGUGGAAGAAAAUGACAAAUUUCCCAAGAACAUUUGCAAGGACUGCUAUGAUCGGCUCAAUGAUAUGGCAGAUUUUCAGAAACUUUGUGCCGAUUCAGUCCACAGAUUUGAGGAACUUGUUUCAAGGCAAAUUGUUACCAAAUUUGAACCCAGCCCAUGUGAAUUGGAAGGUGAGCUAUCCACAGAUACACCAAUUGAGGAUGUCCAAAUGGAGGAAGAUGAGAAUAGUUCACAUUUUGAUCCUCUGUUAACAAAUGUUAGUGCCAAAAGCAAGGGCGUUACAGCUUCAAAACGACCACAGAAUCCAAUUUCGGAGUGCAGUGUUUGCCACCAGAAGUUUAAGAAAAUUAAAAACUAUGAGAAACACAAGCAGAUGCAUGACAUUGAGUUACCGUUCCAGUGUGAGGAGGAAAACUGCAAACGAGGAUUUACAACAGCUCAUGGGCUUAGUUUGCACGUAGAACGUGUUCAUGACGAUAUUGUGGAUAGGAUUUCUUGCACCCAACCCGGUUGCGAUAUGAAAUUUCCUCGCCGCCGCAUCCUAAACUGGCAUUUAAAACGAGCCCAUAACAUUGUCAUGGAUGUUGUGAGUAAAGGUUCGAAAAUGCAUACCUGCAAAGAAUGCGAUAAAGCUUUUAAAUGCCCCAUGGCUUUGAAUAAACACAUGAUGAAGCAUACCAACCACGAGUUGUCAUCAUCCUGCAACUAUGUGUGUCCCUAUUGUGGUAAAACCUUUGACAAAUCAAUAACCUGCAAAAUGCAUGAAAUGACCCAUACGUUGGGGGAACGCAAGGAAAAAGUCAAACAUUUGGAUGAGGUGAAACAGCGUGGAGAUGAAUUGCAACGCACGCAUCAGCCCGAAUGCAAAAGUGUGUUAUCUUCUGAUCUCGUUUCAAAGCAACGUGAAUCAGAUCCGCCUGCUUUCGAACAUCAAUAUGGCUCUAACUGGAUAAACUGGUCGCUGAAUUGUGAUGUAAAUAAAUGCUAUACGCCGCAGACGGAUUCUCGUUGAAAAAAUCUAACUUUAGACCCAUAAAAAGUAUUAUUAGUGUUAAUACCCUCCUUAACUCAUAAUGUUAAUUUAAAUAUUAUGUAUGUGAUAUAUUUUUCAGUAUUUUCAUUUUCUUGUGCAAUAAAUCAAAUUCAUGAUACGUUAUUUUUGUUGUAUCGUAGCGGUAACGUAACGUUAUUUUUCAUUACGGUUGGCUAACACGACAUACACAUUUAAACAUUGCGGUUAAUGUGUUGUUAAAUAUAUAAUGAAAACAUACACACACUAUUAAUAAAUAAAUUAGAUUAUACAUUCAAUAUUACGAUCUAAA